AAAAAAUGUCUUUGAGUCAAAUAACGAGAAAAUUUGUGUUAAUUUGUUUUUUCGUUUUAUUGUGGUAUAUAAUUAGUUCUUUUUAUUUUGAACAAGAAGAAUUAUUAUCAGAUAAUGAAGAAACACUUACAGGAGUUCAUCUUACAUCAAAUACAAACAAAACUAUCAUAACUGAUGAUGAUAAUAAUAAAAAUCAAUUAGAAGAACUAAACAAAAAAUAUUGUGGUAAACCCACAUGUAAAUUUUUGUUUGUUUAUCUUAUUGGAGAACAAGAAACGAAAGCGAAUUUACAUUUUCGAUCAUUUAGUCAAUUGGCUGAAAAAUUAAAUCGUAUAAUGGUUUUAACAAAUGUUGGUUCUUCUCGAAUUGGUACUUGUAACGAAUUUCCAUUUGAUUUUUAUUACAAUAUCACUUUACUUCAAAAAGAAUUUCCUAAUGUUUUAUUUAAAUCAGAAAAUGAUUUCAUUUUCUGGCUUAAAGAACGUGAUCAACUUAAAAGGAUGAUGAAUAAUAACAAUAACAAAAUCAUACCACCAUUAUCAAUAUUACAUUCUAGUAUUAAAAGAUCUAGAAAUACUGAGAAAACAUUUUAUGAUGAUGCAGAAACAAAUUUUGAUGUAUAUAAUUGUAUUUCAAAAUUCAAACCAUUAAUGAAUCUCGAAGAUCCUACUAAUUCCAGAGUAAAAUAUACAAAAAUGAUUAUCAGAACAACUGAUAUGAGAUCGAUAAUAGCUCGAGUUAAAUUGUCCGAAUUGCUUACUAAAGUCCUCACAAUCGAUGAAGAAAUUUUAUUAGUGAAUGGAAAAGUAGUUGAUCCUUUGUUUCCUCAAACUAUGCCAGUUAUACCUUAUAGUGAUUAUAUAUUGAAUGAAGCUCAAAAAAUAAAAGAUAAAUUAUCUUCUUCAUAUAUUGGAAUUCAUUGGAGAUUAGAAUCUUCAACACCUAAAUUAUUACCAGAAUGUGUUCAAGGUCUUAUUAAAACAUUGAAUAAAAUUAAGGAAGAAGAAGGAAUUAAAAAUAUUUACUUAGCAACAGAUUAUCCCCUUUUAUCAUCAAGAUCACAAUCUA